UUCUUUCCUCUGGUUCACAAAACUCCCGAUAUCCCUCUCCAUCUCUCUCUCCCAUCUUCACACACAAUUAUAUUAACGUAUCAUCAGAUGAUAAUAAACACUAAGUAAACAAAUCUUCAGAUAUUAAUAGAAAUGGAGGAAAAAGAAGAGAAGAAGGGCAGUAUAAGUAUGGUUGAGGCUAACCUACCUCCUGGUUUUAGGUUCCAUCCUAGAGACGACGAGCUCGUCUGCGACUACUUGAUGAGAAGAACCGUUCGCAGCCUCUAUCAACCAGUUGUCUUGAUCGACGUCGAUCUCAACAAGUGCGAGCCUUGGGACAUUCCUCAAAUGGCGAGAGUGGGAGGGAAAAAAUGGUAUUUUUACAGCCAAAAAGAUCGGAAAUACACAACAGGCCACAGAACAAACCGGGCUACGGCCACCGGUUAUUGGAAAGCCACCGGAAAAGAUAGAGCAAUCCAAAGAAAUGGUAGUCUGGUGGGUAUGAGAAAGACACUUGUGUUUUACCGAGGUCGAGCCCCUAAAGGUCGUAAAACCGAUUGGGUCAUGCAUGAGUUUCGUCUCCAAGGAACACUUCUUCACCACUCUUCUAAUUCUCUCAAGGAAGAGUGGGUAUUAUGUAGAGUUUUCCAUAAGAACAGCAACGGAGCUGAUAGAGUCGACAACACAAAAAGCUGCUCUAAUGAAACAGCUCCUGCAUUCAUGGACCCUUACAUUAACUUCGAUCAUCACAUCAUCAAUCAGCAUGUACCCUGCUUCUCCAAUAAUUUGUCAGAGAACCAAACCAACCAAUCCGGUCUAGUCUCCAAAAACUCCAGCCCGUUGUUUAAUGCUUCCCCUGAUCAAAUGAUUAUCCGAACUUUGCUAAGUCAACUCACAAAAAAUGUCGAAAAAUCAGAGAGUUAUGGAGAAGGAAGCUCAGAGAGCCAAUUGACCAACAUUGGCAUCCCAAGCCCUACAUGGAAUUACUAUGUAUAAGAAUCAUAUUAGUGAUUAAAUACAUUUAUUCAACCCUCUUUUAUGUAAACUGUUAUACCAUCAUCAUAUGGAUCACAUAUAUAAUAAUAACAUAGCUAAAAGAGAAGUCAUCGGAAGAAA